GGCUAACAAAGGUACUUAGGUGAAGGACUGGCAUGAAAGUGAGUAUAUAAGAGGUUUAGUUAACGUUCUCGCUCAUUAACGGAUUAACUCGCAAACAACACUUCAACAUGUUGGCGGAUAUAAGUGCAACAAUUAUUCUUCUAAGUGCUUUCGUAUACUCAGUGCAAUGUUUAGGUGCCCCAAGUGGACCUUCAAAUAAUAUAGGAGAAUAUGGGGCGCAAAAUUAUCCACCAAAACCGUAUGCCUUCAACUACCAAGUAACGGAUGAGCUUGGCAAUGUUCACUUCCGCCGAGAAUCAGGAGAUGUAUCAGGAACUGUCACUGGCAGCUAUGGCUACAUGCAUACCAAUGGAAUUUACCGUACCGUGGAGUAUGUGGCUGGUGCUGGUGGUUUCAAAGCCCAAGUCAAGACCAAUGAACCUGGAGUGGGUCUGGGCGGCCCUGGGCCCGCAGAUGUCCAACUUUCAGCAGAACCCGCACCUCCAGGAGCAUACAAUCCGGUUCCAGUCGCUCCAGCAGUUGGACCUUCACCAGCUGUUGUCCGACAAGGAUACCCUGGUACAAAGGGUUAAAUAUGUCUAGAUAUGUCAUGGAACGCAUGUGUUUACUAACUAAUCUAAAUAAUAACAGUAAAUUUUGAAGAAUAUUUUGAUACAAUGGUUAUAACUGUUGCAAUAAUAACAUACAGAUAUCAUAAGCAUUUUAAUCUGCCUAUACCAAAUAUUAUUUUAAAUAAUCUUGCUAAAACAUCUGCUU